GUCCCUGAUGACACCCUUGAAGAUUCUCUCCAUCACUGGAUACCAAAUUUCACAGUCAGACUUGGAUUUCUUCCCUUGCUGUCAGAGCCUGUUUCAGCUAAAACAUCUGGACUUGAGAGGUGUGGUCUUACAGGAUUUUGACCUUAUGCCUCUGAGAGGUCUCCUAGAGAAAGUGGCAGACACUCUUAAGACUCUGGAUUUGCUGGGGUGUAGGAUAGAGGACUCCCAAGUCAAUGUCCUCCUACCUGCCCUCAGACAAUGCUCUAGGCUCAGAUAUGUCAACUUCUACAACAAUGACUUCUCCAUGGCCAUCCUGAAGGACCUUUUUCAGCACACAGUCAACUGGAGCAAGAUGAAGGUGGAAAAAUACCCUGCCCCUCUGGAGUGCUAUGAUGACUUGACUCAUCUCUUCAAAGAACGAUUUCCCCACCUUUGUCAGGAUCUUGUGGAUACACUCAGGGCAGUAAGGCAACCCAAGAACAUCUCUUUUGCUACAUUAAUCUGCCAUACAUGUGACGAGCGUUGUGUCUAUGAUCAGGUAUCCAGACUUUGUGGCUGCUGGGAGUAA